AUUAGAUGAGGGUUUUAGGGGAGAGGAGUGAAGGUAGGUAGGGUUUGGCAAUGGCGAGAAUGAAGGUGUACGAGCUGAGGAACAAAACCAAAGCAGAGCUUCUCAACCAAUUGAAGGAUCUCAAAGCAGAACUCGCUCUUCUCCGCGUCGCUAAGGUCACUGGCGGAGCCCCAAACAAGCUUUCCAAAAUGUGCCUUCUCUCUCUCUCUCUGUUUCAUAUCGAAUCCAUAAUUCCUAAUAUAGUUGAAUUGAUUACAAAUUCGAAUGCAAUUGUUGCGUGUGAAUGCAGAAAAGUGGUUCGGCUUUCGAUAGCGCAGGUGCUGACGGUGAUUUCCCAGAAGCAAAAAGCAGCGUUGAGGGAGGCUUACAAGAACAAAAAGUACUUGCCUUUGGAUCUGCGUCCCAAGAAGACUAGGGCUAUCAGAAGACGCCUCACCAAGCACCAGGUAUCAUUGAAGACAGAGCGUGAGAAGAAGAAGGAAUUGUAUUUUCCACUGCGAAAAUAUGCACUUAAAGUGUAAUAUUUAUCCACAUACAGAUAAUAAUUUUGGUGUCACUUUCUAUUUGUUAUUUGACAUACAAUUUGUUCCUGGCCGCUCAGCUUUUAUGCCGUGUCUUCCUAGUAUCUUAAUCACCAUGAAACUAAAUUAAAAGUUAGCUUGUUUUACUCUGGCUUUUGGUUUUUCAUCAUAUGAAAAUUUUCAAUUUCUUUA